AACGACACUCUUUCCCGCCAUUUUUAAAAAUUGGUUUUGGUUAGGUGUUGCAUGAAAUCUUACUUGGGUACAGAGUUGCAGAGUUCAAAUUCGCUAAACAUCGUUAAACACAUCUCACUGGAAAUGUUUGUUUAUUUACAUUUACAUCUGGGAUAUUGAAUAAAAAAGAAAAAAAAGUGAAAGCUAUACGAGAAAUGCGUUUGUAAUUAUGAAUUUGAACUGAACUUUUAAAUGUUAGAUGUUUGAAACAUAGUUCCGCUGUUAAACAGACUCGUGUUGGUGUUUUCAUUAACAAGAGUAUAUGUUUGUACAUCGAUUGUGAAUCUAGUAUUGAGCGUGAUGGUUGUUAAACCAAUAUGUUUAUUUUCUUAUACUAUCAUGACUAAAAUUAAAAAGGAAAUUGUUCUGGUUGUGACUACCUCGUUUGUUUUUGUUUAUACACAUUUGUUUACAAGAAGUUUGUUUUCUCAUCUUAAAACUCGCAGAGCGUAAACAUCCAAUUCAACGAGAACCAAACUUGGAAAUAUUGUUUUUAUUGAAUACUAUCAACUUCGUAGUCGAGAUCUUAGUUAAUCCAUUCGAAUUCUUAGAAAGACAGUGUAAGAAACCAGGGAACCGAGACAUAUUACGAUGAUUUCCACAAUCCGAAUCAUUGAGGACAAACAAUGCCAAAAUCUUAUUGAAAAAAAGACAGAGGAAUAUGAAAGUACUCGCGUAAAGGACAUUACUCAACUGAUUACGAGUGACGAAGCCGUCAGCUUGAUGAGUGUUGAUACUACAAAUAUGAAAACCGUCAUGAAGAUUGAAAACCUCAUUAAAAAUGUUCUUCAAUUCAUACAAGAAAAGAAUCAAGCCAUGUUUAAUCUGGAAUGCAAACUGAUAUGCUCGAAAUAUGCAUUUCAAAUGUUGGAUUCAAAUAACAAGGCUCUUCAAACCGAACAUGAACAAUUAAAAGAAAGCGAAAAUUCUAUGAAAGUAAAGAUUUUCCAAAACGAGCACAAGAUCAAGCCUUUAGUGGACAAACAAAAAGAACUCGAAAUGGACAUUUUCCAACUAACGACUGAAAAAAAGAUGCAACAAUUAAAAAUUCAGCAACAGGAUAAAGAAAUCUUUUCCCUUGCCUCUCAAUGUGAUAGACUGAAACGGCGGUUGAACGCGGCCAAUGAAGAUAACUAUAAACAUCAACGCAAACUUGCUAUUUUGAAGGACGAUUUGAAAGCCAAAGAAGAAGAAAACAAGCAUUUAUAUAAGGAAAGGAAGUCGUUUAUUGCAAACAUUGAUCGAGCAAAUUUUGAGGCCGAACAAAUGAAGUAUCAACUGGAAAAGCAUUCUGAAGAAGACAUGUUGACAAAAACUAGCAUUGAAAACCUUUCCAAGAUGAUAAAUGUUAUCAGAAGUGAUUGCCAAAAAGUCGAGGAAGAGAAUCGAGUUCUUAAUAUAGAGAAAAGUCAAACGACUCAAAGAGUACUGGCUUUGGAAAACGACUUGGAGGAGUUGGAAAUAACUUGUCAGACUUAUAAAGAAGAGAUCGAGAUUUCCAAGAAAGCAAACGAAGACUUGAAGAAGAUAUUGAAAGGACGAAAACAAUUACACCCAAUACCUGAAGAAGUACACACAUUCAUCCCAAAUGAAGAAUAUUUAGAGACCGAAAGGCAAAGGAAACUACUGAAAAAGAUUGAAGAAGAAAAAGAAAAAGAAAAAGAUGAAGAACAUGAGGUAAAAGAGAAAAUCACAAUUCAGGAAAAUAAAUACGAGGAAGUGAUUAGCGCUUUGGACAAGUCUCAACAGGAAUGUAUAACCUUGAAAGAAGAGAUGAAAGUAACAGAAAACAGGCAUUCGGAAUUAAAGGAAGCGAUGAAAAAUUUGGAAAUUCAAAAUGAACAGGCCAUAAAGGACAACGAAAAACUGAUCUCUCAAAUAAAUGAUUUAACUCAACAAAACGAUAGCAUCAAAGAAAACUUCGCAAAAUCAGAGUUACUUCAAGAAAAAUACAAAGACAUUGUUAAAAAAUUUAAAGACUUGACUUUAGAGCACGCCAGGCAAACUGUGAAAGCAGAGUCUCUCGCGUUAAAAUGUCAAAAACAGGAAUUAGAAUUAAAGGAGAAAGAAGGACAAUGGAAAAAAUCCUCUGCAUUUCGAUUACAAGAAAUAAAAAGCCUAAAUGGAAGGAUUCAUGAUCAGUGUGUCCAACUGGAGGCGUUGCAAAAAUCCAAUGACAACCUAUUAAAACAAAUGCAAGAAAAACCAGACAAUUCAAUGCUUGAAACUCUUAAAAUGACGCUUCUAGUCCGGCAAAAGCAUGUUUCAUUUUUGGAAAAAGAGAACCAAAAGUUACAGAAGCUUUCUGAAGUGCAAAAACAACGAUACCACUAUUAUUUGAACUUUACAAAAAGCAUUUCAAACGAACGGAUACAUUACUACGAAAACGAAAUACGCCUACUUCAAGAUCAGAUCUAUAUGUUUACCUUGGAGGUACAAAACAGCGAAAUUCAGCGAGGCCUAACGAAUUCAGAGGUAAAUAAAAGUGGGAUCCACGAGCAAAACACACUUGCAAAUAACCAAACCAUUAUCUACAUGUCUGCCUUUGAACUGCGCAAUUCCCACAUAAGCUUACAAUCCCAAGAGGACAAGGAGAAUAUUUCUCAAAGAACAAGUAAAGGAGAACGUUCUAUGAAUUCCGAAAACGUUCAAAGGUCCGGUUUGCAAAAUCUAGCAACCCUUGAUAAAUUAAACAUUAAAGCAAUUGAAACCCCAAAUCAAAACUACGAUGAAACAAACCUGAUAUCUGGAAAUGAAUUGUCGAAAGAAAUGGUUGACGAUGAAUAUGAAUUAGAAUUUAACGAAGAAGAACCUACAAUAAACGCGAAUGAAGAAGACUCAGCAAACCAAUUUAGCUUGUUUUAUUCUGAAGAAGAAAGAAGCCAACUUCCAGGUUUCAUUGCCGACGCGAAACCCGCAAAUUAUGAUCUCUUUCCUUGUUGCCAAGGUGCACCGGAUGAAGUGUCAAACAAAAACAAAGAGCUGUCAAAAAAGAAAUUGGUUCAUCAAAUCUUUCGUUCUUAAUGAUUCCCGCAUUUUUAAACUAUGAAAUUAUCUCCUCUAAACCACAUACUAUUCAGCUGCCAGUAGCUUUGAUUAUUUAUUA